UCGAAAACAACAAACAUCAACGUUGCACUCGACGACUGGCAGGAGCUUCCUAUAGAGUCUUACAUAAAACAGCGCAAAGAUGUCCAAAUACGGAACUUAUAUGGGCACCGCCAAGGCCCUCCUGGCCAUGGCAGAGGGCGAAAAGCCGCACUCGUCCAUCUCGGAUUGGGUCGAGAUCCUCACUUCGGACCGAUACGAGGAGGAUUCGUACGAUGGAGUCAACGAACUGCUCGAGAGUAUCAGGAUCCAAGGAAUGGACGGUGUUACCGAGAGUUCGAGGGCGAUCAGGAAGAAACUCAAGUAUGGGAACGUUCAUAGGCAAUUGCGAGCUUUGACCCUCUUACGUGCUCUUUCCGAGAAUGGAGGGAAGGGAUACAAGGCCACCUUCGCUAACGAGCAGCUGCUCCAGCGAUUGAAGGAUAUGGCGACCGACUCUCUGGUCGAUCCCAAGGUCAAGAGAAAGUUGUUGUCAGUUUUCCAUUCGUGGAAGUUGGCGUUCGGCGAGGAUGGCAGGAACAAGCAGCUUGCCGGUCUCUACGAUCAGUACUCAGGUAAAAAGGUCAUCCGUCAAACCCCCAGCGCUCCCGCUGCUCCGGCCAGCCCCCGUACUUCGAUGUCGUCGUCCGCCCCCGUCCGCAAGCCCACCGGCGAGUUCAACGACCUCGAACAUUCUUGGGUCCCUACCAAAGGCCACGCGACCUCCGCUGCCGACUAUGCCGACUUGGCUGCCAAGAAGGAUGAGGCCGAACGUCGUCGUGCCGAGCGAGAGGCCCGAUCUGCCCUCGAAGCCAGGGAGGCGGAGGUCGAGCGUCGGGAACGAGCGAUCAAGUUGAAGCAGGAGGAAAAGGAAAAGGCCGAAGCGUACAGGAGGCAGCUGGCCGAUCAAGAUAUGAAGCGGAGGGCCGAGAAAGAGAGGGAGAGGUUGGAAAAGGAGAGGAAGAAGAACCAGCCGAAACGACCUCCCUUCGAUUAUGCCCGGGAGAAGCCUCAGAUCCAGUUGGCCAUCGCCAACGCUUCUUCGGCUGCCAUCGCCUUGGUCAACGCUUGCAGACACGUCAACCGACAACAAGAGUCUAUGCUAGAGAACCUCAAGGUCCAGGACGCUCUCGAGGAAUGCAAGGUCGUUCGACGACCUAUUAUCCGCUACAUCCAGGUCGUCACCGAUGAGGUCAUGGUCGGAGUCUUGUUGGAUGCCAACGAGAAGAUCGUCGAGGCUAUUCAGCUGUACGACAAGAUGAGCAAAUCCGCCGACCUCGACUCCGACUCGGAGGACGAGGCCACUGUUAAGGCUCGAGCUGACAGCGCGAAGGACGCCGACGCUUUGGCUAAAAAGCUCGAAGCGCAAAAGAUCGAAGAGCAGAGGACGGGAGAAGUCUGGAAGAUGCAGCAGAGGCAAAAGUACGAGAGCGACAGGAGAGUCCAGAAGAGGACGAAUUCUUCGCGUUUGCCUCCUCCUAUGACGCCUGAUGAUCUGGGUGACGACCAUAGAAGAACAUUGUCCGACUACUCGGACUAUGACUCGUCCGACUCGGAGUAUCAAGCCCGUGUCGCCAGUCGAUCGCAGUCUCGACGAGGAUCCAUGGCAGCGAAGAAACCGGCCUAUGACCCCCUGAGCGAGGACGAGGCCGAGACUCCCGCUGCAGGUGGAGACCCCAACGAUCCGUUUGCGGACCCUACGGACUUCCUGGGCAGUAUCGGAGGCUCGUCAGGAUCCAAGUCUCGAGGCAAGGAGAGGAUGGAAUGGGCGGCCAUUUGAUGAGCAACGAUUCUGACCAGAGUGCUCGAUCUUUUGUAACAGUACAAUUCCCUCUUGUCAUAAGGUAUUCUCGAGAUUGCAAUGUAUCAUGUCAGGCUGUAUCGGGGUUGUGACCAACUGUCGUCGCCGGCCGACCUGGGACGGCGGUAAUCGGAAGAAAUCGCGUCUAG